ACUUCGCGGAUCCUCUCGUCUCAGAAAGGGGUACUUGUUGUACGACUUGCUACUUUGAAUAUCAUCAAACAACCCAUACCUAAAGAAUUCAUUGUUUUGUUUCCAAUAAUAAUUGUUAUGUGAUUUUAAUCAUGGCCGGAAGAAAUCGUUACGAAACCGGACAUGGAAGUGGCAGACCUCAAAAACCUUUGCCGAAGGAACCUCCAUUUACAGCUUACAUUGGAAAUCUACCAAAUGGUGUGACACAAGGAGAUAUUGAGAAAAUGUUUGAACAGUAUAACAUUAAAAGUGUGAGAUUGGUGCAUGAUCGUGAAACUGACAAAUUCAAAGGAUAUUGCUACGUCGAAUUUGAUACUCUUGAAGAUCUUAUUAGAGUUCUUGAAAUUGACGGCAUUCUAUAUGUGGAAAAUCAACUCAUUAGAAUUGAUGUUGCGGAAGGAAAGAGAAAUGAAAAGUCUGGCUUUGAUAGGAUGAAAAAUAGAGGAGGAUUUAACAAUACCCGUGGAAGUAAUCCAACUGGUAACAGAACAGGAGGUGGUGACAGAAGAAAUUUCAACAAUUUCCCUCAAUCGGCUUCUGGACAAGGAAGUGCAGGCAAUUUUUAUCAGAAAGAUCGGGGUUACCAGAAUAAACGAAGCCCACAAUGGGAAAACAAUAGAAGUACGGGUAACAAUUUUGCCGAACCUAGCAGCAAUAACAGAGGGACAUUUGGACAAUUUAAUAAUGAUAGCAGAAGGGGAAUGGGUCCCGGCAACAGAUCUGCAUUUUUCAAUCAGAAACCGCCGCCGAGGCACGACAGAAGUAGACAACAGUUCGAUGAUUUUCCUGAAAAUAGUUCAAGCUCUUCGUCGUCAGAGCAAAGACCAAAAUUAGUGCUACAGCCACGAACAGUUAAAGAUCCAGUGAAUCAGCUUGCAGAUACGGUACAAAAUAGCUUAAUUUUUGGCGGAGCAAAACCCAGAGAAGAAAAGUUGAAAGCGAUGGAAGCUACACAAAGUAAACCAUCUGCAUCUUCAAGCAUCAACCAGCAAUCUGAUGAUUAAUUUGAGUAUUUUUAAUCGCGAUUUGACUUUUGCAUGAGGUAAGUAGUGUAUUGAUAUGAACGUUAAAUAGAUUAUGUAUCGAAUUCGCUUUUGUCGAUUAGACGUUUUUGUAAUUUAAUUUAUUAAUUCGUUAAUAAGUGUUAUUUCUGUGUUACGAAGAUGAAGGGUCUAAAAAAAUAUAUAUGUAUGUUGAUUUGCUUUUAUAUAUCCUAUGUUUUCCCUCGUUGGUAUGCAAAGAAAUCAAAGUAUUAUUCAAAAUAAAGUAUAAAAUAUUUCCUACAAAUUGAUUCGUCUUCGAAAAAAAAAAAUUUCCAUUAUAUUACGAAAUUUGUACAAAUACUCCACGUUUAAACGCUUUUCAUUGAAGCGAUAAAAUAUUUACAUACGCAGUCAAUAAUGUGAUAAUAUAUUUUAUCUAUUUUGUAGCAUGUAGGCUUCUGUUUUGUACUACAGCUGAAAUAGAAACCGUCGAAUAUAUUUUACUUGUACAGGCUAGAAAUUAACCAGAGUCGUAUAAUAAUGUAUGUUUUUGUUUUCGAAUGGUUAUUAUUUGUGUGUUAGGUAGUGUAAUAAACGAUUGAAAUUCCAUGAACUACUUCUGUAUUAUUUCUAUAAUUUAAUUUAUUCGCUACUAAGGUACGGCCUUAAGUGGUCAAGUAUGCUGGCCAUUUUCGUGUGUAACAUAGGAUACAAUUUUUUUGAUUAUACUUAAUAGGAUUUUGUAAUGUUUAAAAAUUGAAGUUGUUUAAUUAAAACUUAUUUUUUUACACUGUUAAUAUUAUCUGUAACAGCAUUUAUUGUUAUUUUUAGUUCCAUAAGUUUUUGGUAAAAUUAUGUAUGUGUAGUAAUAAAUACGUAAUUAUGAA